AUGUCCCCCAAUAAACCCGGCCAUGCUUCAGGCCGGGACGCGGUUUUCUGGUCGGGAGAAAUGAACGCAUAUCUUAUUGAUUCGCUGCUUUACCAGCAAGACAUUGGGAACAGGGGUGAGUCCAAAUUCUCAACGGUGGCAUAUGAUAGCAUCAUCAAUGGUGUCGGUGAUAAGUUCGGGGUGGCAAUUGACCGGAACAAUAUAAAAAAUCGCCUAAAGUAUAUCAAGGAAUCGUUCCAUGAGUGUAGGAACCUCCUUGGUGAAGAUACUCGGUUUAGGUGGUGCUCAGAGACCCGAAAAUUCAAUGCCGAUCCAAAUGUUUGGAGGGAAUUGAUCGAGAGAAAACCGGAAGCAAAGAAAUGGAUGAUGAAGACGAUUGACCAUUAUGAUAGGUUAAUGGUGCUAUUUGGUAAGGAUAGGGAGAAACGUCCAGAUGUCGAGAAUUCAAAAGGUACCGCGAAGAAAAAGGCGCGAACAGAACCACCAAAGGAGAGACUUCAUCGUACUCCAUUAAAUGGCAAGGAGUCAGCUGUUGCCGAAAGUUCAGAUAAGAAGGUGGACAAAAUUGAGAUCCCUGAUGAGAUAAUAACAAAUGUGGAACUUGAUUUGUCAGAAUCGUGCAGAACUGAUAAUGGCAUUGUUGCCAUACCUGUUCGUGCCAAUUCAUACGGUAAAGGUUUGCCCUAUGCUCCUGAAAAUUGGCCACGCUCUGGAGACAUGUGGCACUGGAAAGUUGGAAGCAGGGCUUCUGGAGCAGGCCAUUGGGCUGACAGGUAUCUUACGCCGCCAUCCCGUUUUCGUGACGCUACUCCUAAGAAGUUAGGAUUUGCAAGUAGAGUACAAGUUGAAGAAUUUGUUAAGAGAGAAUUUCCGGAUGUCGAUCCUAGCACAUUCUUUUCUAUGUUUAUCUGGAAGAUCCCUGCUGAAGGAUACAGGACCCAAAAAGGUUAA